AAGUUAGAAUGUAUAUAAUGAUUUUUUUUUUAAUAAUGCAAACGGGUUAUCCAAAUCUAAACCAAACUCAUAAAGAUCUGAACAGAACCCGAAUCGAAAUUUAUAAGUAUCCGAAUAGAGCUAAAAUAUUUAAUCCAAAAUUUGAAUAAAUCCGAACCAAAUCCUAAUGUAUCCGAAGCUCGUCCCUGUUUCGAAUCAUUAAUUCAAAUACAGAGAGAGUACUUGUUUUACUCGAUUUUAACGCUAGCACCAAGAACAUUAAUAGACUGGAUAGUAAUUAAAUAUGCAAUUCGUUGGAGCAUUCAUGGGGACGCGCUUUCUUGGCUCUCUCUAACACGUAAGUGGCAUGCCGUUUGAAACGAAGCUAUUGAGGAGGUACACAAAGCAACUUUGCUUAGAUUUGUUUGUAUAACAAAAACCCUAAAAAUACCAUUAAAAAGUGAAACAAAACCCUAAAAUUAGGAAAGCCCAAUACACAAUAAAUUUCAAAGUGACUUCAAAGGGAAGAGAUUUUGUCUUCAUCAGCCAGCUAUCAUCUUGAUCCUUCCAGAUCUCCUACUUUCAAUAGCCUGAGAUUGAGAUUGGUGUACUAUAUGAGAAGAUGAAGUUUGGAGAGACGUUUACGGAAUAUCUACGUGGAGAAGAGGAGUGGUUCCUAGAAAAAUGUCGUCAUGUUGAAUAUAAGAAACUCAAGAAAGUGUUAAAGAAAUGCAAGACAACAUGUAACACCACAAGAUCUGAUGGUGAACACAUCAACUCAUCAGCUACUUUGUCUGAUUCAUGUCAAUGCCAGUCUUGCCCUUGGUGUGAUGAGAUGUUCUUUGCGGAGCUGAUGAAGGAAGUUUCUGACAUAGCAGGAUUCUUUAAGUCAAGAGUUAGGCAUCUUCUCCAUAUUCAUGUAGCCACUGGGAUGCAAAGAUACAUGAUGCGUCUACGCAGAUGCUUCGCGGACGAAAAACAAGCUUUAGUCGAAGAGGGCCAAAUCUUGAUCCAAUACAUAACAAUGAACGCCAUUGCCAUCCGUAAAAUCCUAAAGAAAUAUGACAAGGUGCAUGGCUCAGACAAUGGUAAGAACUUCAAGUUGAAAAUGCGAGCAGAGCGUAUAGAGCUCUUGCACUCACCUUGGCUCAUAGAACUUGGAGCCUUUUAUCUUAACUCUGGGCUGGACAAAGUUGGAAACUUUAAGAACUCUUUUGGCCGAGUCUCAUGUGAAAAUCUCAACGAAGAUCAACCAAUGAUGAAGCUCAUGCUGCCUAACACAACAGAGCUCGAGUUUGAUCUAACUUGCGCAAUCUGCCUGGAAACGGUAUUCAAUCCCUACGCCUUAAAAUGUGGUCACAUAUUUUGUAAAGCGUGUGCAUGCUCGGCUGCUUCUGUAAUGAUUUUCCAAGGCGUUAAAGCAGCACCACAAUGUUCCAAAUGUCCCAUAUGUAGAGAGGUUGGAGUUUAUGCGGAAGCAGUUCACAUGAUCGAGCUCCACCUACUGUUAAAGAUACGAUGCAAAGAGUAUUGGAAGGAGAGGGCAAUGGGGGAACGGUCUGAGAUGGUGAAGCAGUCUAAAAUGUUUUGGAACGAACAGACGAUUCAUAUGAUCGGUUACUAGUCAUUACUUCUUCAAUCAUAAAAACUUAUUUAAAUUAAACAAAAGUGAGGAGAAAAAAAAAAUUCUGCCAUUCCCGUUCAUUAUAAAUAAAACAGCACUAAUUAGGAUUUUUUUUCUUUGAUAAGACAUAAAUCAAGUUGUGUUAGAAUU